AUAGGCAAAUCAUCUAAUUAAAAAGGCUUUGGAGGGAAGAUAUACAAACUUUGUAGAUUCUAAUUUACAAUCCUUUGAUCAUGAACAAAUGUAUCAAAUGGUUUCUUGUAUUAAUUCUUGCAUAAAUCAACCACUAAACUCUCGGCCAACAAUGGAAAAGAUACGUCUAGUUCUUGAAGGAAAAUCGCCUCCAGAGGAAUUAUACGAUCAUGAAUUACAAUGGAGUAUUAUACAUAGAGAUGACGAAUCUAGCUCAUACUUUGAAGAGAUUGAUCAAAUUGAAGAAUCUGGCCCAUUGCAUGAAAAGAAUUAUAAGGGUAUUAGGCCGAAGCCAAAUUCAUUUAGUGAACUAGCAGUGGCAAAUUAUAAGGGUGGGCUAAAGCCAUAUUCAUUCAGUGAACUAGCAAAGGCAACUGAUCAAUUCUCGCUUCAACGCCAAUUUGGCCAAGGUGGUUUUGGUCAAGCUUUUAUGGCAUCCUUAGAUGGUAAGAUCCGUGUUGUCAAGAAACUUAAUAAUUUUCCAGAUGUACAGUCUGAAGGAGAUUUCGAGAGGGUGAUUAUGGUUCUCAAUGGAGUCCGUCACAAAAAUCUUGUUAAGUUAGUUGGUUAUUGCAUUGAGGGAGCAAAUAGAUUGCUUAUUUCAAAGUUCUUUCCCAACAUGUCAUUGAGAUAUCAAUUAUACAGAAAGGGGAACGCUUUAGACUGGAAAAAAAGAAUGAAUAUUGCUAUAGGUUCUGCAAGAGGAUUAGAAUAUUUACAUGAAUACAGUAAACUUAAAAUCAUACAUUUAUUUAUCAAGUCAGAUAAUAUUCUUCUUGAUAAUGACUUUAAUCCUAAGGUAAGAUAAUUUAUAAAUUUU